AUGGAGUUCGCUCUGAAGUGCUUGCUGUUUUGCUUGACAACUCUAUUAGCAAAUGCUGAUCCCAAUGAGGAUUUGUUUAUAAAAAGAAAGGCCAAGUAUGUGGAGCGCGGACUGAACACGAUCAUCAAGCCGUGCGAGAACUUCUGGGAGUACGCGAACGGAAACAUUGAUUAUCAAAGAUUGACUGGAGAGUAUCUGAGACUCGCCAAGGAGGUCCUGGAGAAGCCAAGCAAAAAAGAGGUGGGUCCCCUUUUUGACAAUAUCAAGACAAGUCAAAAUGAUGUACGCCGAUUUUUAGAACCCUUGCGGGUUAAAUCCCCGCUUUUACGGUCACCAUAAAUCAUCGAUUUCAGAUCCCCGUCAUCAAAAAGGUCCGCAAUCAUUUUUCCGCCUGCCAAUCCAAAGGAAUUGAUCGUUUCCUUAACGAGCUCAACAACAAGACCCGUACAGAAAAACCUUGGGAAAAAGAAGUCAAUGCUUUCAGAGCAAGACUGAAUUCAAGCUCGUUGGAAAACAGUCAGACGUUUAUUGAGUUGACCGGCGACGUCUUCCGUCUGUUGUACAAGUUUACUGGGGGAGAGGCGUUUAGCAGUGUGGCGGGAAUAGUGUCCGGACGCGUUCACAAAUCCCUAGCACCGUCCACGGUAAACCUAUUGGCACACAAUGCGUCUCUAGCCAAGGAUUUUUUGAACAAAGUUUUUGAUGACGACGUGGAUAUUAGUGGCCUCAAUUAUGUCGGCGUCACAAUGCAACCGGUAGGUUGUUCACUUUACGAAAUAAAAAACAAAUUUACUUUCCCUAUAAACGGUUUUUGUGGGCUGCGCCCGGGCCUUGUGAACAAGUUGGUUGCCAUUUUAUACGCUGAAAACAAAAAUUCCGUUUUUGAUAAAAACAACUGGUGAAGAUAGUAAUUAGUGUAGAAUUUUUUGUGUUUUCGGAAAAUGAAGCUAUACUAUCGCUAAUUUUGGCACCGUAGUAAGUCAGAGUAAAAAUUAAAAUUCUGCAGUUUUUUUGAGAAUCCUUUAAAUUAACGAGCGCCUUGGACGUAGUACAUGGUGCAGGGCUUCUCUUUUCUUCUUACAGGUAAAUACUUUCAGUUAAAGUACAGACGAAGGCGUCUCGAGUUCCUCCUUGCACUUGUAACCAACACCACCUUACUUCCCAGAUACGUCUCAUGCGAGGCCUACAUUCGUGCCGUAUUCUCGACAUACUACCAGAAAAUGGUACAUGAUUACUACGGCGAGAAGUACGUAAAAAAUGUCGCCGGACUUUUUUUAUCUGAUAUAAAAGAGCUGGCCAAAACAAUCGAAGCGGAAUUCAAAUUUGGCAACAUGAUUAGCGAUGGAAUUAGAAAAGUCAUGCUGGACUUACUAAAGAAUAACACGUUCUACACUCUUGAUCAUCCGAUAAAUGAUGAUUCGAUGUUCGAAAAACACUUUGGAAACGUCGAGUUUGACUAUCCGUAUUUGAAUCGGUUUCGCAACAACUUCAAGCCCAUGUUUCGUGCAGCACAUGGCAGAGAGAGCGGAUUUUACCGGAUUCCGCGUACUGGCGUAAGUAUAUAUGCAUAGUAUUAUCGCAGUUCGCAAAUUUUUUCAGUAUAACGCCCUUCAUACCCCGACCAAUCGCAAUUUCUUCGACUGGCUUCUUUUCUUAUUCCCGAAUUAUCAUCCGGAGUUCCCGGAGGUCCUCAGAUUCUCAGGGUCGAUAUUUGUGGCCGCUCAUGAAAUUGGCCAUGGAUUUGGUGAGUUUCAGAAGAAAGGAUUGAGUACGGAAAGGUCCGCUAAAAGAAAGGACAGAGGAGGGCGGGGGGAAGGGUGGGGAGGUUUUCGAUGGCGCUGAUUUCGAAAAUCAUAUCAAUCUUUCUGAAUUUUACAAUUUUGCUUAAGCAGUAGUGUCAUUUUCGCUAUAAAGACGAAAAAAGCGUCAUACUUUGUCUUACAAUAUCAUACAAUCCCAGGUUUUUACCAAUUAAAACAUCCAUUUUAAAGAAUUGAGGAAGAUAGGCAAAAAUCCAGAAGAAAUGGGUACAAUUUUCAAAAUCAGCGCCAUCGAAAACACCUAAAUCCAUUACUCAAAAAAAAUUUUUUUUUUUAAAUUACUAAUUAACACUGCUGCUUAAGCAAAAUUGUAAAAUUCAGAAAAAAUGGAUACGAUAUUCGAAAUCAGCUCCAUCGGAAACCUCCAUCGCCUCCCCGCCCUCCUCUUUCCUUUUUUUUAGCGGACCUUUCCGCGGCGGACCUUUCUGUCCUUUGUGAGAAGAAAGAGCUAUGCAAAGCGCACACUUUUUUGAGGUCACAAUGAUUUAAAAAUGCUACAGUUGAGGACCUGAUCCAAUGGCAAAAACCGUACCAUUUUGCAUCCGGGAAGCAUCAAAAAAUGUAGCAAAAAAUGCCUCCCUCUCCAGGCGAAAAAACUCCGAUUUCAAAAGCACUCAAUUUGCCAAUGAAUCAGAAGCCUAUUUCCAGAAGACGAACUGAAGGGAAUCGGAGCCAAAGACCCGACAUACUCCAAAAUCUACGACUGUCUCUAUGAACUGUAUGGUGGCCAUUGCGACCCAAACGACUCUACAGUCUGCGUUGAUCCCAAAUACAACAUGCUUGAGAAUUUUGCCGACUAUUUUGCAGUUCGAAUGGCCUACCUUGCAUACAAGCGGAAGACGUUGAAAAAGACAACUCAUCGCGUGGAAAGAAGGAUCCUGAACAAAUUUACAAAUGAUCAGCUAUUCUUCGUCAAUAUGGCUCAAACCAUGGCUCGGUUUGGAACGUGGAAAGGGCACGGGGCUUCCGACACCCACUCACCUGGCCCCCUGCGGCUUUGGGCGGGGCUGGCUGGAAUGAAGGCGUUUACAAAUGCCUUUAACUGCCGCGCUGGCAGUUCUUACCGGAUAGAGGAUGGCUGUAAUUUGUACAAUGGGAAGUUUCAGCCAGAUUAUAAUCUAACUGUAAAUGGGAUAGCGAUGAAAUAA